AUGGACUCCACAACCGCCUCCCCUCUGACCGACCGGUCAACCAACACCCACCUCGCCGCAAACCAGGACAAGCCCACCGAUCUCAAGGCCGCGUCAAACCCAAACUCGAUGGAGUACCAUCGCCAGGUCCUGCAGGGCAAGCUGGAGAACGGCGACAAGAACCAAGCGAGCUAUGUGUCUCCGUCAGAUGAACUCAUGAGCCCGUGUUCGAAGAAACUGAGUGAUCUCAAGGGGAAGCGGUUCAAGAAUGCGGGAAAACCGCAGUCGUUGUUCGCGAAGCUCGGCAAGAAGACCUUUGAGCAGAACUCGGCGGAACAUAACAGCAAGAGCCUUGGAGGGGAUGGUCUGUGA